AUGCUCUUCAAUAGCACUGAUCGCCCGAAAUCGACUGCUCCUUGGUUUCUGGAGCAAGUUCUCGAGUAUGAUGAUUUUCCAGUCAACGACACUGACGACUGUGCCAUUUGUUUAGACAAACUAAUCGAAAAAGACUGUCUCAAACUUCGAGUUAUCAAAGAUGGAGAAUCUUAUGGCUGCGCCCAUGUCUUCCACAAGUCCUGCUGCGAGAACUGGCUGAAACAGGCAAAUGUCUGCCCGCUGUGCCGAGAAAAGCUCCCCGAAGACGAUCGAGAAGAGGAGCUCAAACAAAUGGAAGAGAGAUACGUUCGUCUUCAACAAGAGCAGCAAGCGAGAGAAAAGAGAGCUGAUGAUUUCUCCUCGACGAUGUUUGGCUGA